AUGGAAUCAAUUGUCUCUUCAGGGGGUUGGCGAAUUGCUGCUCUGGUCUUGAGGGUCUUAACCAUCCUUUUACUACUUGUUUCCUUUGUAAUCCUUCUCACUAAUUUCGUAAAGUAACUUACACUGAUGGUCGGACCAAAUCUUCAUUUCUACGGUGUUGUCGGGUUUAAGUACAUAGUUGCCACUAUUUUUUUGGGGCUUGCAUAUUCAAUUAUGCAAACCAUCUUUGCAAUUGGCCGUAUCAAGAAUGAAAAUUAUGAUGGAAGAUUGUUAUUUGACUUUUACGGUGACAAGGUAAUUUCAAAUCUAUUAGCCACAGGUGCUGCAGCAGGGUUUAUUGCUACAAGAGAAAGGCAGGAAAGUUUUGGUGAAUCGGGAAAAUACUAUCAGAAACAUUUCGACAGGUCUUAUGCAUCCGCGUGUAUCCUUCUGCUUGCCUUCGUAUGUACUCUCAUAUUGUCUGUUAUAUCUUCCUACGCACUUCCUAAGAGAGUCAACAAUUAA